AUGAGUAGAGCAUUGCUUCGAGGGGCCGUGUGCCAAUCUUGUCGCCAUGAAGUGCUCCGAUCUUUUAUUGCUGUGUCGGGUCUACCGAUGCCGCGAUACACUCCUCAUUUGCGCAGCUUGAACCCCAGAGCUUUCUCCGCUGUAGCACCAAAGCGAUCCGAUCGUCCCCCUACCUCGAAUCCUCCAGAUUUCAUUUUGUCGCCAACUUUAGAAUCAGCGCCGGAAUCUGAACCUGCUGCAGAAGCAGCUACAGAAACCGAGAACAAUGAGCUCACGGAGCCGCACGUCCCUUGGUACCUACAGGAAGAGGCGCCAACCCGAAAAGUCCGCCCAGUAUCAGGAGAUCACAUCCCACAGGUUCCAGAGAACUCUCCAGCUAUGCUCCAGAACCUUAUUGAGUAUACAUAUCAAGAUCUCGGCUUGGAUGAGUUGAAACUUUAUGAUCUACGGGGUCUUGAGAUUCCGGCAGCUCUGGGCGCCAAUGUCAUUGGGAUCAUUGGUACUGCUCGCAGUGUUAAACACUUGAAUGUCUCUGCUGAUCGCCUGUGCCGCUGGCUUCGCAGCACAUACAAGCUGUCCCCAUAUGCUGAUGGUUUGCUGGGUCGCAAUGAGUUGAAGAUUAAGCUUCGACGCAAGGCCAAGCGCGCCCGUGCCGCUAGCCAUGCGGGAACAAUGAUCGACGAAAAGGACGACGGAAUUACUACUGGUUGGAUUUGUGUGAACAUGGGUGUGGUCGAUAAGGAUGCUGCCAGUCCCCAGCUCAGCGAUAUUGGCUUUGAAGGAUUUGGCCAGCUUGAUACCGGAACGAGCGUGGUGGUUCAGAUUUUCACCGAAGAAAAGAGAGCCGAUGUGGAUCUAGAUGGGCUUUGGCAGGGGACUCUUGAUCGAGCUGAGCGCAAGAGAGUUCAGGAUGCCUCAGAGCCUGUCCCUCAAGCCAAUCCUUCAAUCAAUAGCCGUCGCGGAGGCAUAAGCACCCCUAGCGGCCAGCGACGAGGUCUUCACACUGCGCGGCAAGAAAUAACUGCGAGUCCCGAUACAUUGGAAAAGUCAUUCACCUUAAAGACCCCUGGGUUUGGCACAAGUACUGAGUCGUUGAUGCAGAAGCUAGCUGGACUCACCCAUGAGAACGCUCGAAGCGAGCUUGGUACAGGACCUGAGGACUACACAUCGACUCUUUUCCUACAGCUUCUAUAUGCUAGCUUACCAGCCGAAAUCUCCGCAGCAGAGAAAGCCGUCCUACGAUUGAGGUUGUACUCAAUUGCGGUAUCUCGCCAGCACCCAGGGUACAGCAAGGACACACUCUUCAGCGCAUUCAGCAAACUUCUUACUGAUGGCAAUCGGAUAUCCGACGAACUUGGUUUUGACGUUGUUGCCGCUCUUUUGACGCCGCGCCUGGAUGUUUCUUCCCGAACGACUGCGCAAUUCCUACCCGCAGCUGAUGUCGAGCUCGCCCUCCAGGUGCUAGAGCGCCUGAGCCUGCGCGGUGUGCCCAUACUCAAUAUGAAAGUAUUUAAUAUGUUCUAUGAUGCGGUCAACACCCCAUCUGCGCCAUCUUUGUCUCCUGAAGAGGUCGAACAAACCUCAGGUGACAAGCGUCAGAUGUUGACCCGUCUCUCUAAAAUCGUUGCCGAGGCAGAGGUUUCUUUUGAUGCAGUUGAAGCCCGCAAGCUUAUGUUCACCCAGUUCCGGUGUCAGGAUUACGAUGGUUUCUGGCGCCUGUGGCGCCUGUUUCCUUUGAAGAAUGCCUCUCGCACCCAGGCAGAUUAUGCUCAAAUGUUCCAACUUCAUGCGGAGCUUGGCGAAGAGCGACACGCCCGAGAUGUUUUGUCUACUUGGGUGCCCAUGAUGCGACGAGAGAUGACCCCAAUCAUCCUUCAGGGCCCGAUUGUCAAUGCCAUCAUGCAAUGCAUCCUGGUGGCAGACCCAGAGAUUCAAUAUCGAGCCGAGGACGGCUCCCCCGGCUAUUUCAUGGAGUUGUGGGCUCAGUGUCAGCGGGCGCUUGACCAGGCUGAAGAAAUGAUGAUCGAGCAAUAA